AUGGUAUUGCUAAUAAUUUUAGCACUUCUGCUUGAUUUCUUAUAUCGAAUAUAUCGAUAUAUUUUUCCAUUACCAAAUAUUGAUCCAACAGGAAAAUAUGUUCUUAUCAGUGGUUGUGAUUCAGGCUUUGGUCAUGGAUUAGCUAUUGAACUUGAUAAACAAGGUUUUAAUGUUCUUGCUGGUAUCUUCAUUCCUGAUAAUGUAAUUUCUCUUAAAGAAAAACUUUCAUCAAGAGCUACUGUCUUUCGUCUUGAUAUUACUAAACAAGAAGAUAUUGAUGCUACAUUUGAAUUAGUACAAGGAAAAACUAAUACACUUCAUGCGCUUGUUAAUAAUGCUGGAAUUAGUACCAGUGGUUUUAUUGAUUGGGUAACCAUAGAGUCUAUGCGUAAAAUAAUGGAUGUGAACUUUUUUGGACAUGUUGCAAUGACAAAGAAAUUUUUACCUUUACUCAUAGCAAAACGUUAUUCACGUGUUGUUAAUAUUUGUUCCGUAUUUGGUAUUAUUGGUGUACCAAUGAAAUCUGCUUAUUCAGCAUCAAAAUAUGCAUUGGAAUCAUUUUCUGAUUGUCUUCGUCGUGAAAUGGCUCCAUGGAAUUUAUUUGUUAGUAUUGUUGAACCUGGAGCAAUGCGAACACCUAUUAUUGAAGGACAUGAUCAAUUUAUGAAUAAAUUUUGGAAUGAAUUAUCAACAGAUGUUCAACAACGAUGGGGUGAAAAUUUUCGUAAAAUUCAAAUAAAAAAAUUAUCUGAUAAUUUUCUCUAUCGUCAUGCUGAAGAUCCAAAUAAAGUUAUACGAGUACUUCAACAUGCAAUAAUCAAUUCUAAACCUAAAAUAAGAUAUCGACCUGGUUGGCAAUCAAAAUAUUUCUUUUUACCAUUAUCAAUGGCUCCUGCUUGGUUAGCAGAUUUUAUUUUAAAUCGUGCAAGUUAUUCUAAUAUUAAUCCUGCUAGUGUACGAAAAAUACAUAUAGAAUAA